AUGGCGAUGAAGGCUCUCCGGGGGAUGAUGAACGGAGCCAUGAACGAGCUGUCAUCCGCCGUCAGCGGCAGCAGACCGGCGGCCGCCGCUCCGAGCGCCGCGUCCCGGGAGCAGGUGAUGGCGGUGACCCGGGACUACAUCUCCCAGCCCCGCCUCACCUAUAAAACUGUGUCUGGAGUCAACGGGCCGCUGGUGAUUCUGGACCAGGUGAAGUUUCCGCGGUACGCAGAGAUCGUCCACCUCACGCUGCCUGAUGGAACCAAGAGGAGCGGUCAGGUUCUGGAGGUGACCGGGUCCAAAGCAGUGGUUCAGGUGUUUGAAGGAACUGCAGGCAUCGAUGCCAAGAAGACCAGCUGUGAGUUCACCGGAGACAUCCUGAGGACGCCGGUCUCUGAGGACAUGUUGGGUCGAGUGUUUAAUGGAUCUGGUAAACCCAUCGACAGAGGACCAGCCGUCCUUGCCGAAGACUUCCUGGACAUCAUGGGUCAGCCGAUAAACCCUCAGUGUCGUAUUUACCCUGAGGAGAUGAUCCAGACCGGCAUCUCAGCCAUCGAUGGGAUGAACAGCAUCGCUAGAGGACAGAAAAUACCCAUAUUCUCUGCUGCGGGACUUCCUCACAACGAGAUUGCUGCUCAGAUCUGUCGUCAGGCCGGUUUGGUGAAGAAAUCCAAAGACGUGAUGGAUUACAGUGAGGACAACUUUGCCAUCGUGUUCGCAGCCAUGGGGGUGAACAUGGAGACGGCUCGGUUCUUCAAGUCAGACUUUGAGGAGAACGGAUCGAUGGAUAAUGUCUGUUUGUUCCUCAACCUGGCCAAUGACCCCACGAUCGAGCGAAUCAUCACGCCCCGCCUGGCUCUGACAUCGGCGGAGUAUCUGGCCUAUCAGUGUGAGAAGCACGUCCUGGUGAUCCUCACCGACAUGAGCUCCUAUGCUGAAGCUUUGAGAGAGGUGUCUGCAGCCAGAGAGGAGGUUCCAGGUCGCCGUGGUUUCCCCGGUUACAUGUACACCGACCUGGCCACCAUCUACGAGAGAGCCGGCAGGGUGGAGGGUCGGAAUGGCUCCAUCACCCAGAUCCCCAUCCUCACCAUGCCCAACGACGACAUCACUCAUCCAAUACCUGACCUGACCGGAUACAUCACAGAGGGACAGAUUUACGUGGACAGACAGCUGCACAACAGACAGAUCUAUCCUCCCAUCAACGUUCUGCCGUCUCUCUCUCGACUCAUGAAGUCGGCCAUUGGAGAGGGAAUGACCCGCAGAGACCACUCUGAUGUUUCCAACCAGCUGUAUGCCUGCUACGCCAUCGGUAAGGACGUCCAGGCCAUGAAGGCGGUGGUGGGAGAGGAGGCUCUGACGGCUGAUGACCUGCUCUACCUGGAGUUCCUCGCCAAGUUUGAGAAGAACUUCAUCUCCCAAGGUGCCUAUGAGAACAGGAGUGUGUUUGAGACUCUGGACAUCGGCUGGCAGCUCAUGAGGAUCUUCCCCAAAGAGAUGCUGAAGAGGAUUCCUCAGAGCACGCUGGCCGAGUUCUACCCCCGAGAGGCCAAGCACUAACCGACCCCCGCUUCCACCGAUCCGCCAGCAUCCAGUGUCGUGUCGUGAUUUCCAACUCGUGACCUUCAUGUGGCUUCAGCAGAGGUUGGAGGAGCCGAGGUUUGUUUACGAGGAGAAGCAUCUGGUCUGACAUUUCAUUACCGAUGCUUUUAAUUAGCUAACGAGAGGUGAGAUUACUGCCAGACAAACAGAAACAAGACGAUGGGAAGAUUUUAAUUAAAUAUCAAAGGUUACCGCGGUGUGUAGGAGUUUAGAAAGACAUGAAGAACGAGCAGGAAGUUUAUUCAAUACCGAGAGAUGAACAAGUCAGAGAUGAAAAUAUUAAUUAAAACAUCCCAAAGAAGGUUUCAUGUCUGAUAAGGAAACAAACAGCUUCUAUAAUGAAACCUAUGGAGGCAUUUUCCAUCAUUUUGGACACUUUUAAAGUCAAUUUGGACACAUUUUUAAUCACUUCUGGGACAUUCUGGGCAAAUUUUAAAUAAUUUUGGGCAAGUUCCUCAUUAAAAAAUGUCUUUUUUGUUUGAAAUCAUUGAUGCACAGAAGACAUUUCUGACUUUUGUUUUGUAAUGUUGUAAUUUGGGACAAAGUUUGUGUGUUUCUGGAGAAGUUUUAAGUCAUUAUUGGCAAAUUUUAAGGAAUUAUGGAGGCAUUUCCAAUCAUUUUGGACAAUGGAGAGAUAUUGGAUAGAUUUCAAGUCAUUUUGGACACAUUCUGAGUCACUUUAAAAGCAUUUUAGGUCAUUUUGUGCAGAUUUUAAGUCUUUUGGGACAAUUUUCAAAUCAUAUUGAACAAUAUCAGAGUCAAUCAACUAGUUUCAAGUCAUUAUUGGUAAAUUUAAAAUGACUGUGAAGGUAUUUUAGAUUAUUUUUGACAAAUUCUAAAUCAUUUUGGACAAAUUUUGAGUGACUUCUGAGACAUUUUGGGCAAGUUCCUCAUUCAAAAAUUGACCUUUUCUCUUUUUCUUUGGAAUCUUUGAUGCACAGAAGACAUUUCUGAGUUUUCUCUCCUUCUUCAUGGUUGUUCUGUUUCUGGGAGCUUCAGGACUUUAGAUUGAAAAAUGAACCUACAGUGAGGAAAAAUGAAACUCUGGAGUUCAGAGGGUUAACCACAGCUUCUUUUUUAGUUCAUUCUGUGGUCAGAAGUGAUAAAAUAAAAGCUAAUUUCAAGCUGAUUCAUGCGUGUUAACGUGCUGCAGAUCAUUUCUGUCUCCUGCAUGAGUAAAAAAUGUGAGUUUAAGUGUUAGCAGCAGCUCUGUGUGUUCGUCAGGCCUCAGUUUGAUUCAUUUAGAAGUUUUCUGUCCCUGCAAACGCCACAUCCGGACAGAAUGUCGUGUCCUGGUUGGGAAUAAUUUAACUCCUGACACGUUUGGGGUCGUGGCGUCGCUGCAGAUGGACUCGUAUGUGAGCGGACGAUAAUGAGACGUUUGAGGCAGCUGUGAGCUUUAAGCGCUGCAGGAUGUUGUGGAUUAUCGUUGUUUUAUUCUCGUGCCAAGAGCUUGAAGUGGUGAUGAAUCUGUGUUUCAUGUUUUCUGCUUCACGUCACACGCCGGGGCUGAGAUAUCUAUGAAUUAUGUAUUUCAGUUUGACUAGAUGUAGGAGCUGCAUGCGCUGUCGUUGGAUGUUCGCUGUCAUGUGGAAUAAAAGCUGCUGUCUCAUUA